UAAACCGGAGGUGUGUCCAGCAGAAAUCCCCAGCCAGGCACAGAUGUAGCUGCAGCUCUGAGAGAAGGAGAGGCAGGGAGGGAGGCAGAGUUUGAACACACUGCAGAGGGAGUGCAGCUAUGGGGAACGCGCAGGAGAAACCCCCGGGCAGCGGAGGAGGGGCGGCCAGGCCGGAUCAGGCCUCAGCGGGGAGCGGGACGAGGAGCCGGGGGGCAGGAGGAGGCGGUGGAGGGGAAAAGCCCCAGAAUGACAGAGCUCCGGAGAAGGGGGCGGUCAAUGGCACUCAGAGAGAAAACAGCCCUGCCGGUGGACAGGAGGAGCAGAGCAGCCCUGCAGUGGACACUAGUUACCUGGACGCUCCUGCCGGGGCCCUGCCUCCUCACCUGGCCCGGCUCAAGAAUGAGGGGAACCACCUUUUCAAACAUGGGCAGUUUGGAGACGCCUUGGAGAAGUACAGCCAGGCCAUUGACGCAUGUGCUGAAGCAGGCAUUGACAGUCCAGAAGACCUGUGUAUUCUGUACUCCAACAGAGCCGCCUGUUACCUAAAGGAUGGAAACAGCACAGACUGCAUACAGGACUGCACCAAGGCUUUGGAGCUGCAGCCCUACUCCUUGAAGCCCCUCUUACGCAGAGCUAUGGCCUAUGAGUCACUGGAGCGCUACAGAAAGGCCUACGUGGAUUAUAAGACCGUCUUGCAGAUCGACACUGGGGUGCAGGCGGCUCACGACAGCGUCCACAGAAUCACCAGGAUGCUGAUUGAGCAGGACGGGCCUGAGUGGAGGGAGAAGCUCCCAGACAUUCCCGUCGUCCCUCUGUCCGUCCAGCAGCAACACAGAGAAAAACCCAUCAGCAUCGAGCAGGCUCAGGCCAGAGCCGCCAGGGCUGCACAGGAGGAAGUCAGAAGAAAAGAAGCCCGCUUUACUUUACUCAAACAGGAAGGCAACGGUCUGGUCAAGAAAGGAAACUUCCAGGAGGCUCUGGAGAAGUACACUGAAUGUCUCACCCUGAAACCGGAUGAAUGUGCUCUGUACACAAACAGAGCCAUUUGUCUCCUGAAGCUGAAUCGCUUUGAAGAGGCCAAACAGGACUGCGACUCUGCCCUGCAGCUGGAGCCGGCCAACAAGAAAGCCUUCUACAGACGAGCCCUGGCUUUUAAGGGUUUACAGGACUAUCUGUCAGCCAGCAGUGACCUACAGGAAGUCCUGCAGCUGGACCCCAACGUCCGGGAGGCCGAGCAGGAGCUGGAGGAGGUGACGGGUUUGCUGAGAAAGAGUCUGAUGGACUCUGCAAACAGGGUGUGAUGCUCCAUGUGGUGCACAGGUGUGGACGCGUAUCAUACUGUAGCAGUUCUGGACUUUUACAGCCAUCAGCUGCUGUGAGUAAGACGUAUAAAAAAAAAGGGAACUGACUGACUUCUGGGGCCGCUGACGACCAGCUUUUUCAGCUCUGCAAAAUGUGCAGACCACACGGCUGAGUACACAACCUUACAUAAUAGUAAGCUCUAUUUAAAAAGGUACCUGUGACCUGCUUGCACUACAAAUCAUUCACAUUGUGAUGUAACGUACUGUAAAUACAGUUUCACGUAACAGGCUGCGGGGCGCCUGUUAAGAGAAGAAUUGGGGGUAAGAGAAGCGUUUACUGUGUGCCUUACUGAGAUUUCUACCACAGUUUAGAGGAAAUAUGCCAACGUUAAAGGUCUUAUUUUGGUUUGUUUUAAAGAUGAAGAACUCACAGAAACUGAUUUAACUUAAUUGCAUUGUGUGUGGCACAGAAAGAUUUACAUUAUGGCUUAUAUCUGGCAUCCUCAGCUAUUUCAGUCCAAGGUGUUUGACAUUGUUUACAUGUAUUCUAGUUACAGCUGCUACUGAUUUAAAAAGACAAGAGAACAGCGUGAAAAAUAAACCGCACUCACAUCGCAUUAGUGAUGAUUUACUAGCUAAAUUUUCAUGUAAGCUCAGAGCUUAAGUCUUCUGUUCGUUUUAAGAUUGUCACCUUUCUGAUUUUAGACAAACAUCCUGAAGUUAUCAUGCACUGUAAGACUUACUGUAGCUCUCAGGUUCAACCUUGAAUGUAACCAAACAACUGUGUGUCUUUUUGUGUCAAUAGUUGUACAGUGUUUAAAUAGUAGCAAAUUACCACAUUUCAAUGCCCUUCCAGCUGCGACAAGGAACCAGAGAGAUUCUAAACCUUUUUUUUUGUUUGGUUCAUAGAAUCCUUCACAUCCUCCUGUUAGAACUGAAACUGUCAUUUAACAAGAAAGUCAUUCAGUACGUUGAUGAUAUUCUACUUUACAUCUCUAAAAAGACCAUUGAUUGAGCUUGAAGCCUGAACAUUUAACACAUUGGACGCCAUUUCCCAACUUCAAGAGAAUUAAGUCUCUUUGUUUAUUUCAUUUUAGUCUGUUCAUUUGACUGCAAAGGUGAAAAAACCCAAAAAGUAGGUGGAUCAAUAUAUAAUUGCGGGACUUUUUGUAACAUAGGAGACAGGUAUCAUAGCUGACAUUUUUGCUGUUUUCAGGUCUAAAAUCAACAUUGCUGCCUGUAACCAAAUAUCACAUUGCAUUUUUACAGAAAAAUUCUUCUAAUUAUUAUAUAUACAAUUGAGGAAAACUGAAAGUUAUUUAUUGUUACGUUUCACCCCCUUCUUGUCUCUGACAGAACUAAAUAAACCAUGGUUGUUAAAGGGGGAAACUAACAAAAACUGCACAAACAAACAGAAAACGGGGUUCUGUGGUCUAAAAGAGGAUAGUGUGUGGUUGAAUACCACUGUCCCCCACUAAAUCUACCAAGGUGGUAAACCAAACACAAACUAAGACCCCUUAAAAGAAAAACAUUCCCCAAAACAAAAGCAAGGAAGUGCUGGGUUCUGUGCACUGACACAAAGACAAAUAGGUUUCCAUAAGAAAGCUGACUGAUGGUGUCGAACCUUCCAGGUCACCUACCUACAGCCAUCUGAGAGAGAUCCCUCCUUAUAUCCCCGCCCAGCUGUCUGGCAACAGCACACAGCCGAGCUCAAUCACACAGGUGCAGCAGACUGAGCCUGAUCUGAGAGCCAGGCUGAGAACUUUCCAAGUCCAUAACAUUAUAAAGAUAUUUUAGUAAACCUACUGACACGCGAUAAAUCCACACUUGAUAUCCAGUCAUUUUUUAUUAAUAAGUGACUGUUUCCACAAUAAAUAAUUAAGGAAUUUGUAAAGACCUGAUCAUAAUGAACAUAAAAAAACAUUUUUUUAUUUUUAAUAUAAAUGUAUGUAAGAUACAUCCCAUGAACUUCAAAAGUCCCUCAGUUAUAUAUUGACCCAGGUCUAUUAGUAGCAAACUGGCUAAAGCUACAUGCAGAACCUGACAAAUAUUGCAAGAUUCUUCGAUCUGUGUGCAGACUGUACUUUACUCUCAGCUACUUGCUUCACCGGUUUGCAUUAUUGCAUUCAAUAAGAUAUUUCUAACUGUUGGUCGACUUAGUUUUGUGAAGUCGUUUCCCUUGAACAGGAGCAGAGGUCCUUAUACUUCUUAAAUAUCUCACAUCAUCCAUAAGUUUGUGACAGAAAAUGUAAAUCUUUGUACAGCACGAUGUGCCACAGCUUAUAUUUGACUUGAAUUUUAAAGAAUUAAAGUAUUAUUUCAGAUCUUCCAUUGUGAUUAGCCCUCUGCCUCCUAUACCGUUUUUCUCUUUUCCUUGUUUUUUGUGUUGUAAAAAUUAAAGGUACAAAACUCUCAUCUACAUGAAAACACUUGAUAUGAAGCUGAUCGUUCCGGACAAUGUUUGUACUGCUUCCUGGAAUGUAAAAGCAUGUACUGUAUGUAAAUAGAGUGAAUGCAAAUGUAAAUAAUAAAUUCCAAUGUGAAUGCUU